AUGUCGUUCGUUUCUACAAUACAUCGCAAUGCCGUCGCCGUCUCUAAUUGUAAAGCUGCCGCUCCCGAGGUCAUUGCUUCAGCGACUGGAUCCAUCACAACUGGCCAUCAGAGAAAAGAGGACCUCGGCCUCUGCACAAUCGGCACCUGCCACGAAGAUAACCGAUCACUUCUCACAGAGUCAAUUGUCGCUCGCUCUUGUCAUUUCGAAAUCCAAGCCAAAGGGACUCUCUAUCGCCGGUAUGUUGCCACGCGCCGGGUUUUUCUGUCCAGUGUUCCUGACCAAGUUCCAGAGUAUUGUCAGCAGCUGCGGAAGCAUAUCAAAGAAGGAACAUCAGUAUCAUUUGAGCACUUUCAAUAUAUCGAUACUAAACAGUACUGGAAGGACGAAUGUAACAGGAUCCAUAAAGAAAAAGUGGCACUGGAGAGCAAACUCCGGUGCUUGGAAGAGGCGCAAAGAAUCUUGAAGGACAAGUUUUGCAGCAAGGAAUGUCAGGAGGCAGACGAAACUAUCGCUACAGGAACCGUAAUUUUCCGAGAAAAUGAGAUACAUUCUGCGUGCGCAGAAGCCGGAGUCUCGAGAAAACGGCAAGCGCCUUCUCAAGAUGUCCUCGUUGACCAAGAUGAUGAGCAUCUGCUGUCGGCUCUGCACAACGACAAACACCUGCAACUUAGCGGACAGAUUCUGCGACUCAUCCGUCAGCGCACUGAACUUCAGAAAGCUGCCCAACAUUUCAGUACGUUGGACCAGAUCAACAUCCUUACCACGAACGUCGUUAACACCAUUGGCCUUCUCGAAAACUGCUUCUUCGACUGCUGUCUGCCACUGAAAAAGUUGAAAACAAACAGUGAAGACUCAAGAAGCUUGCUCCUGCUGCAGCAACUAAUGCACCAGACCGCGCUUUCCUUCCUCUCUUGCUUCAGAGCUAUGAAUCAACUCUUCCUCACCAUACCAGGACGAACGAAGCAAAGAGAAGUUGUAAGUCGGAUGGUCAUGUUCUUCAGCAAGGCUGUAGACUUUCUUCAGACGGUCAGCACUCUUCAAUCAGAGGAUGAGCAAAUUCAACAGAGUCGGAACAUGAGAAACAAGAGACCAAAGUUGGAGCCAGCCGAAUAUGCUGUCAACAAGUACUUGGCACAUGUUUUAGUUUCGAUUGCAGAAAGGCUGGAGUGGAAAUCUGAUCAAACAGGGCAUAGCGAUAUUCUGGAAGGAAUGUUAUUGGUGGUUAUCCAACAUACCGGGCGGGUGAUUUCGGACUGCGUAUUCGGGGAGCAUGUCGCGGCAUCUGAUAGACCUGGGAACAUAUCGAACAGCCCUGAUGCACCUGUAAAUGGAUUUGUGAGGCCUGAAUCGAGAUACAUGACUCGAAUUCUUCAUGCCACGCUUGGUGGGUUGGACAGAAGAGAGCUAGUUAUUGACGUUCUGGCUCGUAGCGCCUCUGUUGGUAAAUCUUCAUUGAGUGGAUCGGCAACAACCGGAGAUAUCCUACGUAAAGCGAAGAAGCUGCUUCAGAGUACAUUGCUGAAGAGCACAAUUGGUGGGCUUGAGCUGGAGAGCCUGAGAGUUCCGAGACUGCCCACCGAAAUCAGUCUUGUCGACGAUGCGACGACCAACGUACUGAAAUAUGGAAAGGAGUGGUUGUUGGAGACAGUUUGGGGUUUGAUAGGCUGGGAUAUGGUGACAUGA